AUCGAAUGUCAGAAAUAUAACCUCAAAGUGUUGAUUCGAUUAAAAUUCACAUAGCAAUUUUCACGCAAGUAUUUCGCAAUUUUCCACUUUUAUACGGUGUUUUCCCACAGAAACAUAGCAUCAAAUGUAGCUUGAGCUUUCCAUCAGCAAAGAUAUCCAGAAAUGGCAAACCAUCCGGAUGACUUUGAUCAGCAGUUUCAGGCGGAUCUCGAGAAAGCCACAGCCUUGAGUUUGGAGUCACUGGCCCUGGAGCAGUUCCGCAGGAAGAAAUUGGGUCUGCCACCAAUUGAAGAGUCCGCUUUGCGUCUCUCGAAUUCAGCUCCGAAGCCUCCUACCAGGAGAUACAGUGAGAUUCACUCGAAUGUGAAUCGACGACAGGAGGAGGAUCAGCCGGAUUUGAUAUCUUUUAGCAAUGCUGAGGUCAUUCAGGAGGCGCCCAAAGUUGAAGAUACUGCUCACAGUAAUUUUGUUCAAUUGGUGGAUCAGAUGCAUAGCCUUAGGGCUAAGCAGUUGAGUGAGGUCGGUUUUAGGAGUCAAAGCCUCAGUCCAGCUGCCUAUUCGUGGCAGGUGGUCCCCUAUAAUCUCAAUCAGUCUGCUGCUAGUCUCAGCGCACAGCCUUAUCAUCCGAUUCAGGGUCAAGUCAAUCCCUUCCAAUAUCCCGAUCAUGCCAUCCAGAAACCUGUCAAUUCCUCAGCUCCAUUGACACCGGAACAACUUACGAAAUUGUACAAUAUGAAUGCCUAUCCUCAGGCAGGACCAUCUCAUCAGCCAAGUCCUCCCAUCUACACUGGAUACUAUCCCUAUCCAGCUUCCCAUUCCCAAACACCAACUCUGCCUCCUCCUAGACCCACAACUCCAGCCAAUAUUGGAUUUGUGGCCAAUCCUGAGUCAGCUUUAGUUCUUGUGCCCAAGACAACGACCCAAGAAACUCCCCAUCAGCCGCCUCCAGUGCUGCCCAAAACCUCAGCCACUUACGCACCGCCGAGAAAUCCAAAGAAGCCAAUGGAUGAUCUCAUUGAUCUGGGCAGUGGACUGGACAAUAAAUCCAUCGAUAAAGUGAGCGUUCUCGAGGCAUUUGAUCCACUUCUGAGUGAUGAGACUGGCUUUGACAAAGAUGAUAAUGCAUCGGAGUGCACCAAUAGCUACUAUUCGGAAUAUGAUCCUUUUGACUAUCUGUACAGUUCGGGAGGAACACAGUACUCUGAUCCAGUCUAUGAGGCAGUUAACAAAACAGAAAGAGGCAUUGUUGCAGGAAAUGCACCACCAAUAGGAUGGAAUGUUGCACCGUCAAUUGGAUGGAAUUAUGGCCAAAUGGGAUCUCCACCGCCUCUUCCACCCAGAAAUUUAUCAUCGAGUCAGGAUCAAUCACCUGACGAUGGCACAAUAACGCGCCAGUCUAUCGAUAGAAGAAAAUAUCCGACUAAAUUGUACGAAAAUGUUGUGAUUCGCAAAAUUUACGAUGGUGAACUGAUGAAUUUUUAUCGAAUGGUUUUGGAUGUUCGAAUGCGCUAUAAAUUCAGUGAUUUGGAGACGAAUGUUGGUCACAUUGUGGCAUCAGAGUUCGAAAGUUCUUACUCUGAGUCCACGAGCAUUAAAAUUUUGGUACAUCCUGCCCUCGAGGCGAUGGAUGGAGAGGCUCUUAUGAGGAGUAUCGAGAGGAAUCGUGUGAGCAGCAUUGAGGGAAUAGCUUUGAAUAAUGGCAAAGGGCAAAUUCCAGGCUAUGGUCCACCUAUAGUAUUUACCUGUGAUAUUAGUACAACUGUAGAACACGUGAUAAUGCAUGCAUUCUGUGAAUUAGAAGGCCAAAUAAAAGGAGAAGUCUCUGAUUUUGCCCUAAAGCCUAUUGGUGUUGUAGAAUGGCUCUCGCCAAAGUCAAAAUUGAGUCAAUUAGAGUGUAUACACAAUAGUAUAAAGCUGGAGAAGGAUGUUCAGUUGGGAUUGUGUCCAAGGACAUCAGCCAAUAUAAGAACAAUAGCACGAACGUCUCAGGAUGAUGUAAGAGAUGCAGAAAUUAAGCCUGAAGACAUUUUUGCCCAUGAGCCUGUCUCUUCGAUCAGCUACAACAAUCUCAUGAUUCUGCUUGAGACUCUCGAAUCGGAGAUUGAUCAGCUGGAACAGGCUGCAACAAAUCCUAAUAGACACACAGUACUUAGUUGCUCGGGUGUUGUGCAGUCUGUAAAGGCAAUCUGUGCUCUGUUGGGUAGCAUUGAUACCCUGGAUAUCUCAGAGGCAAUUGAUCAAUUAACGGCAGUUUGUGAAAAUGGGCAGAAUAUCAUUAGCUACACGGGUGGCAAGAUGGACAUUGUCUCUGAAAAUGGGGACUAUGCUCAGGUGAAUUUGAGGCCAAGGACUGUAGUCGAACAGAUUCGGUAUAGGUGUCACCAUGUAAGGGAUAGUAUUCAACAUCUUCUGGAAAUCUACUCCAAUGCUUUUCGUGUGGACUUCUGCGUCAACACACCCGAUUACAUAUCAUCUUCUGUGCCAAUAUCAAAUGUGUCGGAAUCCGUGAUGGUUCACAUAAUGUGCCUUCAUCGUCCCCCAAUUACGUGGAAGCACGAUGAGUACAAUCUCGGUGCCCAAAUCUACCAUGGAACACGAUACAUUGGCGAUGCUGUUGUGACUCAGUGUACCAAUGAGAUUAGUGGCAUCUAUCCUCGACUCACUUUCAAUUCCUGGCUCAAUUUUGAAAGUAUUCCUGUGUGCACGUUACCCCGGGAGAGUCGUUUGAUUUUUGUCUUGUACGGGUGCUCAGUGGAGACGUCGGAUGAUGCUGGAAAUACUGCUAAUGCCAGCAAUGCAUCCAUGGAGGCCACAACGAGCACGGUGAAUGGGACAAAUGGGGAGAGAAUUGUGCGAACAGAAUUGGGUUGGACGUCAAUUCAGUUCUUUGAUUAUGAGCGAAAUAUGAUACAGGGGACUUUCUUGCUGUCUCUCUGGCCACCGACGACGGAUAAGUAUCUGGGACCGGCACCGGCCAAAGGAACACAUCCCUAUGGUGAUACUUAUCCGGUGCUGGGCGUGGAGAUUCCGACUUAUGGGGGGAGAGUUGUCUUUCCGGAAGCACCAGCAAAUCAUACACCAAGGCCACGCUAUGAUUUCUACAGUUUGGACUGCAAUCUGCGGCAGGAGCUGAUUGAUACGGCAGAACAGGGAUACCCAAGUGCCUUGGAUAAGCGAGAGGUUUUGUGGGAGAAGAGGCACUAUCUUCAGGCUCUGCCACAUGCUCUCCCAAAAAUCCUCCAUGCUGCUCAUAGUUGGGACUUUGCCAGUCUCAUUGAUUUGCAUGAUCUUCUGCGCUCCUGGAGUCCACUGACUCCGCUGCAGGCUCUUGAGCUCCUCCUGCCGCGGUAUCCGGACAUGGAAGUGCGAAGAUAUGCAACAAAAUGGGUAUCGGCCAUUCAUAAGGAUCAGUUGGUGGAUUUUCUGCCACAGCUGCUUCAGGCACUGAAGCAUGAUACUUACGAGGCAUCGCCAAUGGCCAAUUUGCUACUGUCUAGGUCCCUGGAGUCCCCUAGAGUAGCUCAUCAUCUUUACUGGUUACUGGUACACAAUCUGCCCGGGGAGAGUCCACAGAAUACCAUUGAAGCGUUACAGAUUGAGACUGAUACAGCACUGAUUACUCAGGCUCGCUAUCACAGACGCAAUCAGAUGAUGCUGAGGGCACUUUUGGCCACUUGCGGAGAGAAACUAUCAGCGAGAUUCCUGGCACAGAACAUGAUGUGCAGAAGCCUUGCUGACGCUGCUCAGAGUGUUAAACAGUCCAAAGAAUCCAUGAGGCAGAAGACUCUAGUCCAGAGCAUGGAAGUGGUCAAUCAGAUUCUCACGGAGCGUCCGACAUCUUUGCCCCUUGGUCCAGAACUCGAAGUGGUUGGAGUCAGUGUGAGGAAUUGUAGUUAUUUCAAUUCUAACACAUUGCCUCUUAAGAUACAUUUUGUGGGACCGGAUGGAGGGCUCGUUCCGGCUAUUUUCAAAAGCGGAGAUGAUCUUCAGCAAGAUAUGCUGACACUUCAAUUGGUCAGAGUGAUGGACAAAUUGUGGCUGAAGGAGGGUUUAGAUCUUAAGAUGGUGACAUUUGAUUGUGUUCCGACGGGACACAAAAAGGGAAUGAUUGAAUUGGUGACUGAUGCGGAAACUCUGCGGAAAAUCCAAGUUGAAUGGGGACUUACGGGAUCCUUUAAGGAUAAACCUAUUGCAGAGUGGUUGGCUAAGCAGAAUCCUAGUCAACUUGAGUAUCAGAGAGCUGUGGAUAAUUUUACAGUGUCUUGUGCUGGGUACAGUGUUGCCACGUAUAUCCUUGGAAUUUGUGAUCGGCACAAUGACAAUAUUAUGCUCAAGACUUCCGGACAUCUCUUUCACAUUGAUUUCGGGAAGUUUCUCGGCGAUGCUCAGAUGUUUGGGAAUUUCAAAAGGGAUCGAACGCCCUUUGUCCUGACAUCGGACAUGGCUUACGUCAUCAAUGGCGGGGAUCGUCCUUCAACGAAAUUUCAUCAUUUUGUCGAUCUCUGCUGUCAGGCCUUCAAUAUUGUGAGAAAGCAUGGAGAUUUGAUUCUCCAUAUGCUGGCUCUUAUGGCCACUGCGGGCAUUCCAGGAGUCACAGCUGAUGCCGUGACGUAUGUAAGAAAAGCCCUCCUACCUGGCCAGUCAAAUCCCGAAGCGGCAGCUUCAUUUGCCAAAAUGAUUCACAUCUCACUCAAAUCCUGGUUCACCCAAUUCAAUUUCUUCCUCCACAAUUUGGCUCAGCUUCGCUUCAAUACCGACGAAGAUCAUGGGGAACUACUCAGUUUUGUCCCAAGAACUUACACAAUGGCUCAGGAUGGACGACUGCGGUCGGUUGUUGUUUAUGGAUACCAAAAGAGAUAUGACCUUGAAAAGUACUACACGUACAUUUUGAAGGUCACAAGGCAAAAUCAACCAGAUCCGGCCUACUUGUUUCGUUCCUACAAGGAAUUCCUGGAAUUUCACCAGAAACUCUGCCUACACUUCCCUCUAGCCAAACUCCAUAGCUUGCCCAGUGGAAUUCACGUGGGACGAUCAAAUGUUAAGACUGUGGCAGAAAGAAGAUUGCCUGAGAUUCGUACAUUCUUGACUUCCCUUUUCAAUUCAGCUGAUGAAAUUGCUCAUUCAGAUCUGGUCUAUACCUUCUUCCAUCCACUUUUGCGUGAUCAACAGGAAGCUGACAUUCAUGUGGCUAAAGUUAAAGAGACAAGAUCAUCUGUUCCAACUGAAAGAGAUUGCGGGGAGAUAAAGUUAUCUCUGCAGUACCAUCGAGGAGCUCUAACAGUUAUGGUUCAUCAUGCUCGAUCCCUACCUUUGACAACUGGUGGCCAAGAACCGAACACUUAUGUGAAAGUCUACUUGAAACCUGACCCUACAAAAGCAACAAAACGCAAGACAAAAGUCGUUCGCAAAAAUUGCUUCCCCAGCUUCAUGGAGACGCUCGAAUACCGCAUGCCACUGGAUUUCAUUCAAAGUCGUUUGCUUCAGGUCACCGUGUGGUCUCAUGACUCUCUCCAGGAGAAUGAAUUUUUGGGUGGUGUUCAGCUGGAUUUGAGUGGAAUGAAUUUGAGGCAGGAAAUUAUAAGGUGGUUUCCACUUGAAUUUUUGCCCAGAUCGUAGAAAAAUAUAAUAAUUUAUUUUGUAUUAAUUAAAAUACAUCAUAUCUCAAAUUGCUUAUGAACA